ACGUCGUCGUUUCCUGCUCCCCUUGCUCUCGUAAUCAAACUAGUGUCAUCACAUGGAUUGCUUCAACAUCACUCUUUUCCCAAUUUUGAUUCGUUCAACUGAUAAAAAAGGGGGAAAAAGCUCAAAGAGAGUUGAUAUGUAUCGAUAAAACCCUCAAUUUCCUCCCCCAAUUUCAGCCGUUUUACACAAUCCAGUGCUUCCUCUGCGUCACUGUGUGGAAUUCUGCGGCGGCAAUUCGAAUCGCCGACCAUAGCAAUGGGCUGCACGCAGUCGAAGAUCGAGAACGAGGAGACGGUCAACCGAUGCAAGGAGCGCAGGCAGCACAUGGAGCGCGCCGUUACAGCGAGGAACAAAUUCGCCGCCGCACACUCCGCCCACGCCAUGUCCUUGAAGAACACCGGCGCCGCCCUCAGUGACUUCGCCCAGGGAGAGGUCACCUACCCCUCCACCCUCGGCGCCGCCGCUUCCGCGUCGCCAUCCACCGUGAGUGCCGCUCCGCCUCCUCCUCCUCUCCCUCGCUUCGAGAAUUUCGCCCCGCCGCCUCCUCCGCCGGAAUUCCCGAACACGUCACCGCUCCAGCGCGCCGCUACCAUGCCGGAAUUCGUGAUCCCCGGACCCGUGAAUAAUCACACUGAUCCGAUAAUUGAGGAAGAAAACGAAGAGGAUGAUGAAUUGGAGAGUAGCCAUAGCUUGAAACGGCGGAGUAAGAGUAGUAAAAGUGCGGGUAGAGGCGGGAUCUCACCUCCUGAGGCUGUAGAAGAAGAGGUUUUGCAUCAGCAGCGGAAGAAUGAUCAACGGCCGCCUCCUCCUCCGCCGAAUUCUUCGUCUUGGGAUUACUUCUUCGAAACCGACAAUAUUCCGGGGCCGACAUUAGCUGAUGUGGAGGAGAAUAGUGUUGAGAGAGAGGAGAUGAAACGGAAGAUGCUUGCAGAAAGUGCCAGGAGAAAAGAAAUGGAGGCGAAGGCUAAGGCUGCGAAAGCAGAGGCGAAUGAGAUGGCGAGUGAGCUUCCUCCGCAGCCACCUCCACCAGAAGCUGCAAUGGCAGCUGCUAUGGCUGGGAAGAGAGCGAAACAAGCUGUUCUUCCGGCUGAGGGGAAGAAGAAGAGUGUGUCUAAUGUGAGCCUUGCGCAGAUAUUUGUCGAGCUUGAUGAUUGUUUUCUUAAGGCUUCAGAAAGCGCACAUGAUGUUUCUCGGAUGCUAGAGGCUACCCGCUUGCAUUAUCACUCAAAUUUUGCUGAUAAAAGAGGGAAUAUUAAUCAUUCAGAAAGAGUGAUGCGCGUCAUUACUUGGAAUCGGUCCUUUAGAGGUUUGGCUAAUGCUGAUGAUCGGGUGGAUGACUUUGAUUCGGAGGAGCAUGAAACUCAUGCAACGGUGUUGGACAAGAUGCUGGCAUGGGAAAAAAAGCUCUAUGAUGAAGUGAAGGCAGGAGAACAGAUGAAACUUGAACAUCAAAAGAAGGUGGCCUCAUUGAACAAGUUGAAGAAACGUAGCUCAAACACAGAUGCGUUGGAGAGAAUGAAAGCUGCAGUUAGCCAUCUGCAUACGAGAUAUAUAGUCGACAUGCAGUCCAUGGAUUCCACUGUUUCUGAAAUUAAUCGUCUGCGUGACGAACAACUCUAUCCAAAACUCGUUUCCCUUGUUGAUGCAAUGGCUAUUAUGUGGGAGACAAUCAGAAUACACAAUGAGAACCAAUCCAAGAUUGUUCAAGCAUUGAAGUAUCUCGACAUCUCCCAAGCUCCAAAAGAAACAACCGAACACCACCAUGAGCGCACACGCCAGCUAGGCGGUGUGGUUCAGGAAUGGUUUACAAAUUUCAGUGAACUCAUGGGCCAGCAAAAAGAAUAUAUCAGAGCACUCAACCAUUGGUUGAAGCUAAACCUCGUUCCAAUCGACACAAACUUGAAGGAGAAGGUCUCAUCACCCGGUCGACCUCAAAAACCCCAGAUCCAGACACUCCUCCAAGCCUGGCAAGAAUAUCUAGACAAGCUCCCCGACGAGCCAGCAAGGCAGACUAUCAACAACUUUGCAGCCAUUAUAAAGACCAUAUGGCAGUAUCAAGUGGAGGAGCUCGACUAUAAAAACAGGUGUGCAGAAGCAAGAAAGGAACUCAUCAGAAAAACCCGAGAUUUUGAGAGUUGGUACAACAAGCAAAUGCAGAAGAGAUCACCUGCUGAUGACAUGGAUCCAGAGAGGCAGAUGAAUCAGAGUCAUAUUGCUGAUAGGCAGCUCGCGGUUGAAACUGCAAAACAGAAACUGGAGGACGCGGAAGAGUCUUAUCAGAAGCAAUGUGUUCAAGUUAGAGAUAAGUCCCUUAUGAAUCUGAAGAGCCAUUUGCCCGAACUCUUUAGGGCGCUGUCCGAUUUUUCUCUCGUCUCCUCGGACAUGUACAGUCAUUUGAGGGCCAUCGCGCAUUCGCAAAGCAGGAAUGAGGUAUCUUAAUGAGGACUCGUCUUUUACCUUCUGCACAUGUAAUUUUCCCAUAUGUAUUAUACAAAUAAUUUACCACUUUGAUGUGUUUUGUUGUGAAAUGGUGACAAGAAUUGUUGAAUCCUAUUUAUUUUUACUCCUGUGUGUAUAUGGCCAAGAGAUGGGAUCGUGAGAUGAUUCAUUCAUAUAUGUAAUGUAUGUUGCUAAUUUAUUUGCUGCAA